AUGUUGUUAGAAGUUAAUAAUGUGCAUUGUGUAUGUGCGUGGUCAUGGGAUAUUCCAUCAAAUGUUAAUACUAAAAAUAAUAUUACGUAUGACGAUGAUGUUUGUGGUAUUUGUAGAGUAAGUUACAACGGCACCUGUCCUAAAUGUAAAAUACCUGGUGAAAAAUGCCCAUUGGUAGUCGGUGAAUGCAGUCAUAAUUUCCACCUACAUUGCAUAACGAAAUGGUUGCUUACGCCUACUUCAAAAGGACUAUGUCCGAUGUGUAGACAAUUUUUCAGUUUAAGGCCCGAUAUAGACAUUAAUAAACCACAGAUUGAAUAUUUCAUUAAAUUAGGCAAGGGUGCGAAUCCUGAUAAUGGGGAUGUUAUUGGUGCAGGCGUUGACACUGUUAUUGUUGAAGAAGAUAAUGAUGGUGAUUUUAUAAUUGAAGAAGAUGUUCUAGUUGCUGAUGAAGAAGCUGAUGACCAGGGAAGAAAUCAAAGAGUUAGCAUUGAAGAGGAGGACGAUGAAGAAUACGAAUAUGGCGAUGGUAGUGAUGAUGUACGAUACUCUAGCUAUGAAGGUUAUGAAGAUAACAUAUUAAUGUGA